AUGGUAUGCCUGCAACCGCCCGAUACAGAACUAGACGUGCAGCAAAAGCCUGAUGGGUUCGAAUGUCUGGCCAUUGACAGGAAGAAGCGACAUAGGUCUGUGAUAGAGUCCCUUCCUGGAGCGAAGCCUACCCUCCACUCCUCGACUUCUGCUCAAACACAUUACGAUGCAACCGGCACUUCGAACACGACCGGCCUCUCGACAGUCGGCGAGGCUGCUGUUGAUUCGUUGUCUGCACCUCCCGAGGGAAUUGAGCAAUGUGCAACCCGACGAACGUCGUCCUUCUCGAGACACAGAUUGUUGCAUUCGGUCCCGCACUACGCCUUUCUGAUGCGCCUUUCUCAACCCCAACGUUCCGAUGCGAGGCCUCUGGAGGACAUCGUUCUUCAUUUGGCAUCAGACAAAAACCAAGGAUCGUUUGCCCCCGUCUCGGGAUGCAGCGAAGAUGAACUGCACUAUCUCAAGAGCGUCGGUUGCUUCGAUGUACCUCCAUCCCAUGUCCUUUCGGCGUUGAUUGAUGCUUACUUCACUAUCUUCCACCCAUUCUUCCCUGUUGUCCAAAAGUCGGACUUCUUACACUCCAUCAAGUCCAUCGAAGUUUCGAUGGGCCCCAGUCCAAACGCUGCACAUCAUGCCAGCCCGGCUCAACAUGCUUCUAUUCCAGAGUUGCCCCCUCGAAAUACACAUUUCAGUCUCCUGCUCCUCCAAGCUGUGCUUUUCAUAGCAAUCGGAGUUGUGCCCUCGGAGGUCGUGUUGGCCGCAGGAUUUUCGUCCCGCAAGCAAGCGCGCCAUGCAUAUUACCUCAAGGCUCGCCGCCUCUAUGACCUCGACUAUGAUGAAGAUCCGAUUGCCACUAUUCAGGCCCUAUUACUGAUCAGUCAGUACUAUCCUUCUAUCACUGAACGGAAGCACACGUGGCAUUGGAUACACCAAGCUAUCAGCCUAGCUCAAGUCAGCGGGCUGCACAGGGACCCUGGCAAUGUCCCGCAUCGGGCUCUGUGGGCGCGAAUCUGGUGGGCGUGUGUUGUACGAGACCGGUGCAAUGGCCUGGGGACUGGCCGUCCUCUCAUGAUCAACAGCCUGGACUGCACCACGCCGAUGUUGGUGCUUGAUGAUGUCGAAGAAGAAGGUGACUCCGAGCAAGAUCUUGAGAUAAAGGCCAUAUUCAUCGAAUUCGUCAAGCUCUGCCAGAUCGUAGAAGGCAUCGUCACACUGCGCUAUUCAAGCUCAAUGGCGGAUGCGGCUCCUCCUGAUCAGCUCAAAGUCUGCGAAGAUGCCCUAGAACGCUGGACACACUCUCUGCCACCUCAAGCGAAGCGACAAGACCAUCUACAAACGUUCUCGGGGAAUAUAGGUGUCGCCACCAUGUACCGUGCAAUCUUGCACGCAUGCUUGAACACCAUUCGCAUUGCCUUGUAUCAGUCACUAACUCUGUGGAAUGGAGCCGGGGAUUGGGCUACUACGUGUCAACAAAAGGUUGAAUUCGCGGCUUUGGACAACACACAGCUUUUUACCCAUCUCGUCAACCUUGACCUAGUGCGAUUCUGUCCCACGAUCGCAGUGACGUUUACAUUGGCGCCUCUUAUUGUGCAUGUCCUUGGGAUCAGAUCCUCAAGAUCGGAGGAGAGACUCCAAGUACAUAAGAACCGAUUUGAGCUGUGCAUGAUAUUCCUGCGCCAGCUGCGUGAUAUUUACUGGCACGCAAUCUUCUACUGCGAAUUCUUCGAGCUGGCGGCGUCAAUCAAGGACCAUCAGUUGAGAACGCAAAUGUCAGAGGCCCAUGAUCCUUUGGCUUCCUUUCUCACACAGCGUAUCAGUGUUGGCGAUCUCAUGGUGCUUCGACAUUAUCAAAACCUCGGAAGAGCUGGUGAAGUGGAUGAUCUACAAAUGGCCCCAUCAGCAUCACCGGUAUAUUCCCCGGAAUGGUCUCAGAACGCCAGACAGGAAGGUCAUGGUUACGGCAAUCUAAGAGGGACGCCAUCAAGCCUCAAUAUACCAACCCAUUUAUCUGACACCGUGGCUUCCGACCAUGGCUAUAUGAACCACGCUGAACCUAUGAACAUGAAUGAAUGGUUAGCUGCGCAUUCGCGUACUGGCCAGUCCAUUCCAUUCGCCUGA